AGCUUAUUAAUCUCAACCCAACAACUCCGUCCAUCCACCCAUCCUAAUUAAUUUCCUGCCCAUGGAGACCCAACAAGCUCACAUUUCUGCCGCCGCACCGGCGCCGCCAGCCCCGCUAGGUGAUUACGAAGACUUUCAGCCACUCUCCACGUGGCAAACCACCGAAUCCCACCACAUUGUUCGCCUCCAUCUUCAUGGUUUUAGAAAGGAGCAGAUGAGAGUCCGACUAGAUAGCCGUGGAAUCCUGUCAAUAACCGGAGAGCGCCCUGCUGCCGAGGAGGAGGCCAAUGAACGUUCACAUUCGGGCCGGAGGCGGCAUCGUCGGUUCCGCAAGGAAAUCAAGGUGGCUUGCCGGUCGCCGGACAAGAUUCGUGCUAAGUUUUCAGCCGGAGUUCUGACGGUGGCGCUGCCUUUGGAAGCUAAUCCUCGCGACCACAACGAGGAUAGCGUUUCCACGAGGAUUAGCAUCAACCUUGAAAGUGCGCCGUUGUAUUGUUCGGCGGCGGCGAUGUCCGGUUACUUGUGGCGGCUGAGGAAGUGGUUCGAGAAUUUGCCGAGAGUGGGGAAGGUGUGCUUGGUUCUGCUUGGCGUGGCGCUGCUGAUGGGUCUUGUUGCCGCGCUGAGCGUCUCUUUUUGGAUUAGUAGUCGUCAUGUCACCCACUAAAUGAUCACGGGAGAGAGGUUAUAUUAUUAUUCAGAGAUGACAUAAUUAUGAUUAUGAUGCAUUUGAAAUUCGUUGUAAUAGCGUGUUUCAAAUUUACAUAAACG